AAUAAGCAUUUAUAAGGACUGCUAUUGAAGCUCAGUUGUCUGGACUUUAUCAAUGUAUGUAUCAAUCUUCACUCUUUAAUUCAUUGUUUGCUCUGCAGUUGCUUGAAAACAAGAAAUUCUUGGAAAAUAUGGUAUCACGAACGCCUCUUCAACGCGUUGGAGAAGCAGAAGAAGUAUCAUCUCUGGUGGCAUUCCUUUGCCUUCCAGCUGCUUCAUAUAUCACUGGACAGGUUAUUUCUGUUGAUGGAGGAUUCUCAGUGAAUGGUUUUAGUCCUAACAUGAGACUUGAUUUUUCUCCCCAGGAUUAAAUGUGUCUAGGUAUUAGUUCUUAUAACUUGAGCAAUAAAGACAAGUCUGUCUCAAUCGUCUGGAUUUCUAAUCCUUUGCAUUUCGAAGGCUCAAAUUUCAUUUCAUGGGUUAUUUUCUCCUGGAAUGUUUUACAUUAGAACAAUAUGCAUGCAACUCUACUAGAUUUUUUUGGCCAUCAUUAUUUCUUCUUGUUUAAAAAAAAAAGUCAAUCUCC